AUGCCGGGGUAUACUUCGAACCAGAAGCAGCUCAUAGCACAAUUCGUGUCUUUUGCGAGUGUAAAAGAUAGCGUUGCAGCAAAGUUCCUCAAGGGCAACGGAUGGGAUGUGGCGCGGGCUGUAGAUGAUUACUUUCAGCACAACCCCUCUCCGUCUUCACAGGCCGUGUCUGCUCUCAACAAGAUCUUUGAUGGAUAUCGAGGAGAUAUAAAAGUGAAUCUGGAUGAAGUUGUCUGCCUGGCAAUAUCAGAGUUGCUACGCUCUCCGUCAAUGGGUGAAUUCACACGUGAGAAUUUUGUCGACGGGUGGAAGGAAUCGGGUUCCGACACACUCGCCAAGCAAGCACUCCACGCAUCAAAUCUGCGCAAUCGCAUCCCGACGGAGCCAGCUUUGUUUAGACGCAUAUAUCGUUAUGCAUUCGUACUAUGUCGGCUACCGGGCCAGCGCCAUCUCACUCUAGAAAUCGCUACCGAACAAUGGCGUUUAUUUUUCACUCCUGACAACGGCGGUAUCCCAUGGAACACCAACACCGUCCCGUGGUUGGAUUGGUGGAUCGAGUUCAUCGAAAACACAUGGAAGCGGCCCGUCAACAAGGAUUUGUGGGAGCAGACGGAGGUGCUAAUGCGAAAGACUCUGGAGGAUCCGAGCUUGAAAUGGUGGAGCCCAGAUGGGGCAUGGCCUGGUGCAGUUGACGACUUUGUGGUUUUUGCAAAAGCAAAACUGGGAACGAGUGGCGCGAAUGGCGAAAUGGAUGUGGAAUGA